UUUAAUAGCCGGCAAAAUGAAGUACGCGUGCAUUCUCGUUUUAUAUUUUUGCAAAGAAAUAUCAGCAUACUGCAUUGUCCGCUGCGAUGAACCACGUAUGCGACCACAGCCAUACGUGCCAGAAGUCCUAUGCAGUAUCACACCAUAUUGUAGCUCACCAAUGAAUUGCCAAACAUCUGCCAUCACGCCUUGCAAUCCAUGCGGCGCACCAACCACUUGUAGUUCAUGCGGGGCGACACCAACUACGUCUUGUAAUACAUGCGGGGAGACACCAAGCACUUGUAGCUCAUGCGGGGCGACACCAAACAGUUGUGACUCAUGCGGAUUGGCACAAACCACUUGCAAUUCAUGCGGAGAGAUGAACUGUCAAACUUGUGGUAAAAUAGACGCCUGUUCGAAGUGUGGUGUUAAAAAUAUUUACUUUCCCGAAGUUGAGUAUCCGAUGACGGUAUUCGACAGUAAACCGUUCUUCUAUAGAUCUGGUUGGACAUGUGAAUGUUAGAAACGACACUGAAAGCGAAUAAAAAUUUGAUAUAA